UUGAAGCAAGAGUAUUGCAAUAGUUUUUUGUUGAGAGUUGCAUCUGUUACGUUUCUGAAGAAAUUUUCAUGAUUGGGACCAAGAAACUGAAGGAAAAUACGUACCAAUAAAACCUGCAUGAACUGCGAAGUGCAUUUAAUAAAAACACAGAAACACCAUGACAAUUUUGAACCUUGACGUGAUCACUGUCACAGAUGAAGAGAAAAUUCAAGCUCAUCAGGACUGGCUUUCAUCCACAAACACCAUCAAGUUUACAGACACAACGCCGGCAAGGAAGAUCUUCAAGAUUCUUUUUUACUUUCACUUGUUCCUAAUUGCAAUCUUGGUUACUUCUCUCACCAUCUAUGGACUAGUCUAUGCCUCUCACAGCAACUAUUUCCACCCAAAGGAGUGGUACCCUCCACUCUUUAUAUCAACAUUAUGUGGUGGAGCUGUUGGUUUCACAUGGCAAUGGAUCACUGCUAGGAAUCCUGCAAAGGCUAUUAGAGAAGCAUUUUGGCUGAGUCCCCUUCUUACAUGUGCAAUGGGGAUUCUGUUUGUGUACAUUGGAUAUGCGCCAAGUCUUGCAGCUGGCGUAGUUUCUUUGGUUUCUGCAUUAAUUCAGUCUCUUUAUGGUAUUUGGGUUCGUCAUAGAUUUGAAUACGCCAGCAGAAUCUUGUCAGUUUCAAUAGCUGAUCCUCCUACCCAAAGCAUGAGGCUGGCAUUUUCAUCAAUCCUCAUUGGUAUUCUUUAUUGCAGUUUUAUGGUGUGUGGAAUUGGUGGAGCUAGAGCAAUUGAAAGAACCAAACUAUCUGUCUUUUUCAUCUUGGUGAUUCUGCUGAGCCUGGGAUGGACCUUGCAGUUUCUCAAGAACGUGUUACAAGUCACCAUUUCUAGGGUCAAGUAUAUGCACUUAGCUGGUGGAGUAAUCAUGGACACGAAAGUGGCAUUGAAUGACACUGUCAAGUACCUCACUGGAAGUGUUUCCAUUGGCUCCAUCCUUGUGCCCUUUAUUACACUCUUUAGGGGUUUUGCAAGGUCAACAAGUCUGAUUGGAGGAGACACUGGUGAAUUCAUGUUUUCCUGUGUUAGUUGCUAUAUGGGGAUUGCGUCUCUUCUUGUGACCUGUGGGAAUAGAUGGGGUCUGGUGCAUGUUGGAGUCUAUAACAAGGGGUUUGUGCAGGCAUCUUCUGACACUUGGGACAUUUUCAAUAGGGUUGGUUUGGAAGAACUGAUAAACUUGGAUCUCACUGGCUCCUUUUGUUUCCUCAGUGGAGUGGGGGGAGCAAUUUGUAGUCUAGUGAGUGGAACUUGGAGCAUAGUAAUACACAAGAAUUAUGCUACAGAAAUAUCCAUUUAUGCUUUCUUGAUUGGUUACCUCAUGUGUCGGUUAGCAAUGUCAUGGCCACAAGCAUGUGUCUCUGCUUACUAUGUUGCCUACGCAGAGAAUCCACAGAGCACUCAAUUUGACUCCACCAUCCCUGUACGCUUGGAGCAGCUUUAUAGAUCGCGUGCGUAGAUAGAUAACAUUGAGCUUAUAAUUUUUAGAUUUGAUGAAAUGCUGAACGAACAGUAAAUACAGCAGCAGGGUAUAUCAGUAUAUUAAUCCUAGAUGAACUUGUUGACCCCAAAUUACAACACUAGAAACAAUUUUCACAAUGUGCAUAAAGGUUUAAUUUUGGUGUAGUCUUCAAUGACGAUAACAUUAGUAGUGCAAGUUUCCUAUAUGGCAUUUCUUUCAUUCACAUAAGUUCAUACA